AAUGCUCGGCAGUUUGACAUAUCUAGUGACAUGUUUUGGAAGGAUGGUCAUCCAUUUCGGAUUAUUGGUGGUGACUUGCAUUAUUUUCGAGUUCUUCCUGAGUACUGGAAAGAUCGACUUUUGAGAGCAAAGGCAUUGGGCUUGAAUACCAUCCAAACUUAUGUACCUUGGAAUCUGCAUGAACCACAACCUGGAGAAUGGAUAUUUGAGGGUAUUGCCGACAUAGAAUCCUUUCUCAAGCUUUGUCAGGAGUUAGGGUUCCUUGUUAUGCUUCGUGCUGGGCCUUAUAUAUGUGGAGAGUGGGAUUUUGGAGGUUUUCCCGCUUGGUUGCUUGCUGUAGAACCUGCUCUCAGACUGAGAUCAUCAGAUCCUGCUUUCCUCCAAUUGGUGGAUAAAUGGUGGACUGUUCUACUUCCUAAAAUAGCUCCACUUCUUUACAAUAAUGGAGGUCCUAUUGUUAUGGUCCAGAUUGAAAAUGAGUAUGGUUCGUAUGGAGAUGACAAAAGCUAUCUUCGCCAUCUCGUUACUUUGGCUAGGACACACCUUGGAGAUGACAUAAUCUUGUAUACUACAGACGGGGGUUCAAAGGAAACUCUUGAAAGAGGAACAAUUCGUGGCUCUGAUGUAUUUUCAGCGGUUGACUUCACAACUGGGGAUGCUCCUUGGCCUAUAUUUGAGUUGCAGAAGGAGUUCAAUGCACCUGGAAGAUCGCCCCCUCUUUCAGCGGAAUUUUACACAGGUUGGCUAACUCACUGGGGAGAGAAGCUUGCAAAGACUGAUGCUAAUUUUACAGCAUCUGCCUUGGAAACGAUUUUGUCUCGAAAUGGUUCAGCAGUGCUUUAUAUGGCACAUGGUGGUACAAACUUUGGAUUUUUUAAUGGAGCAAACACGGGUGUAGAUGAUUCUGAUUACAAGCCUGACCUUACUUCCUAUGACUAUGAUGCACCAAUUAAGGAAUCUGGUGAUGUAGAAAAUUUGAAAUUCAGAGCUCUACGGAGGGUCAUACAGAGAUACAGUUCAGUAUCUCUUCCACCAAUUCCUUCAAAUAAUGGAAGGAGGGGAUAUGGACAUAUUAAAGUGCGGAAGCUUGCAUCUCUUUUUGAUAUACUUGAUGCUUCUUACAUGAUCAAAUCAAAAAAUCCACUUCCGAUGGAGUCAGUUAGUCAGAUGUUUGGAUUUUUGAUGUAUGUAGCUGAAUAUCCAGUGAAAGAAAAUGAAAGCAUGCUUUCCAUAGCAAAGGUACAUGACAGAGCCCAAGUGUUUGUUUCAUGCCCAUCCAACAAUGAUGGAAAAAGUCCAAAAUAUGUUGGUACAAUUGAAAGAUGGUCGAACAGAGCACUUGGCCUUCCCAAUAUUGAAUGUGCUUCUAAAAUCAGCUUAUUUAUUUUGGUUGAAAACAUGGGGCGGGUGAACUAUGGACCAUAUUUAUAUGACCAGAAGGGGAUUUUGUCAACUGUUUUUCUAGACGGAAAUACUCUUUAUGGAUGGAAGAUGUUUCCGAUUCCCCUACACAAUCUGAAUAGGCUGCUGGAAGUCAAUCCCAUUGUGCAAGUGGGAGAUGAAAGAACCACUAAAUCUCUCCAGAAGAAAUUAAAACAUCACUCCAAGAUGACCUCUCAAGAACCAGGAUUUUAUGAAGGAAACUUCACUAUUGACACCUUAAAUGAAGUUAAAGACACAUAUUUAUCAUUCAGUGGUUGGAGUAAAGGGAUUGCUUUUGUCAACGGUUUCAACAUAGGAAGAUUCUGGCCGUCACAUGGACCACAAUGUAACCUUUAUGUCCCUGGCCCAGUUCUUCAACAUGGGGAAAACGUUGUGGUCAUAUUAGAGAUAGAAGAUCCAAACCCAGAGCUUAUGGUCAUCUCAGUGGAUCAGCCAGAAUAUGCAUGCGGUUCGAAAGUACACCAGCUUUGACACCCUGUGAAUUAUAUGUUUACUGAACACAUGCUUGUAGUGAUGCACUCUGCCAUUUGAUUCAUAAACAACUGUGAUAGAGAACUUCGUGAUUCUACCUUGCCACUGUGUACCCAAGCCAAGGGGAAUCAGCUGGGUCAUUCAGUUAUAAAUGCUUAGGAGGCUUUCAUUGGUACUUUCUUUUGUUAAGAUCAGUUCCUAAUUAUUCAGGAAUUUCUCAUGUAUUCUAUAAAUGUAACUCAUUGUAACCUCAUUGACAUGGUAUAGUGAAAUUGCCAUUACUUUUUAUCACCUAAAAGUCUGUCAUGACAAACUGGACAUUCACUUUCAUCAUAAAUGUAUCUCUUUUCUAAGGUAA